AUGAGCGACGAGGGCGCCACCCCGCGCGAACUCCUCCUCGAGUGCUGCCGCCGCAACAACACGGCCCUGCUGGCGGAACUGCUGGCGGCGCUGGCGACGCCGGAGCAAGUCGCGCGGCUGCUGAAUGAGGCGACGGAUGGGGUCGGGCGGUAUUGCUUGCAUGUCGCGGCUGGGUGGGGGAGUUAUGAGGUGCUGGAUACGUUGCUGGAUCAGGAGGGGUUGGAGGUCGAUCCGGUCGAUCGGAUGGAGGCGGAUAUACCGUUGCAUAAGGCCGUCCGGUUCGUGAAUGGGUUGGCGGAGGAUGGGUGGGAGGCUGGGGCGGGGCUGGUGGAGUUGCUGUUGGAUGCCGGGGCGGAUCCGAGGAUACGCAACAAGGCGAAGCUGAAGCCGUUCGAGCUCGUCGACCCGCGGAAUACGGAGUUGAGGUCUACGCUGCAGAAAGCCGAGUUCGCGAUGAUGGCGGGUGACGAUGUGGUGGGUCGGGACGGGGAGGAUGAGCAAGGGCCGACGGGGAGCGCGAGUGACAGCGAGUGA